UAGUUUGGUGAUGGAUGGAGACAGCGAUAAUUAUUUGUUCUUCUCUAGAUUUAAAAUGAAACUCCACAACCGAGAUCUCUUAAAAGAAGACACCCAAAUACCUGAUAUCUCCGGUAAACCAUGGCCAGCAAAAGAUGUGUUCACAAAAUCAAUUAAAGCUUUAAAGGACCAUCUGAUGGACCGACUAUCAUUGCAGGGGUUUGAUAUUACAACAAGUGAAAUUCGAAGGGUGCUAACGGUCCCUGCUAUAUGGAGCGACUCUGCAAAGUAAUUCAUGCGUACAUGCGCAGAACUUGCUGGGAUACCUGGUGAACUGUUGUCUAUUGCUCUGGAACCAGAAGCAGCAUCUAUGUACUGUCAACAUCUCCCAGACCAUAGAAGCUCCGGUUACUUAUCCGAAAGAGGGACCAAAUAUAUGAUAAUAGAUAUAGGAGGCGGGACUGCUGACAUAACUGUUCAUGAGAAUCUGGGUGAUGGUCGAUUAAGAGAACUCCACGCAGCAACAGGUGGCGCAUGUGGAGGCACGGCGAUGGAUGCAGAGUAUAACAAAAUGUUGACAGAAAUCUUAGAAAAAGUGAUGAAAAAAGCUUGCUAA